UCUUGGUUUUCCUUUCAGGUCAGGUUGGACGAUGGCCCAGAACAAGCUAUUUAAUAAGAUCCUUAAAGCCCUGCAAUCUGACAGGCUGGCCCGCUUGGCCAAUGAAGGGGCUUGCAAUGAGCCAGUGCUGAGGAGGAUAGCAGUGGACAAAUGCGCCCGGCGGGUCCGCCAAGCUCUGGCCAGUGUGAACUGGGACACCAAGCUGAUCCAAUGGCUUCACACCACGCUGGUGGAGACACUCAGUUUACCUAUGUUGGCUGCUUACCUGGAUGCUUUGCAGACACUUAAGGGAAAGAUCCCCACCCUGAUUGACAGGAUGCUGCUCUCGUCCACCACAAAGACAGGGGCAGCAGGGGCUGAGGCUCUCUCCCUCCUCCUGAAGAGACCAUGGGACCCAGCUGUGGGUGUCUUGUCACAUAAUAAACCUAACAAGUUACCUGGUUCUCCUCUCAUCCUGAUUGCAUCUUCCGGACCUUCCAGUUCUAUGUUCCCCACCUCUCGCCGGCAUCGGUUCUGGCAAUCGCAGCUCUCUUGCCUGGGAAAGGUGAUCCCUGUUGCCACCCACCUGCUGAAUAAUGGUAGCGGGGUGGGAGUGUUGCAGUGUCUUGAACACAUGAUUGGUGCAGUCAGAGGCAAAGUGCUGGAGAUUCACAACCAUUUCACUCACAAGCCGAUCAUCCUGAUUGGGUGGAACACAGGAGCCUUGGUGGCCUGUCAUGUCUCAGUGAUGGAGUACGUCACCGCAGUUGUGUGCCUUGGAUUCCCUCUGCUCACAGUGGAUGGGCCCAGAGGGGAUGUGGAUGACCCCCUUCUGGACAUGAAGACCCCAGUUCUCUUUGUGGUUGGUCAGAAUUCUUUGCAGUGCAACACUGAAGCUAUGGAAGAUUUCCGAGAGAAAAUCCGAGCUGAUAACAGCCUGGUGGUGGUGGGAGGAGCUGAUGACAAUCUGAGGAUAAGCAAAGCCAAAAAGAAGGCGGAAGGCCUGACCCAGAGCAUGGUGGACAGAUGCAUCCAGGAUGAAAUAGCUGACUUCCUGACCGGAGUCCUCACCCGCGCGGAUAACCAUUCAGGCUCCGACCCCAGGGACCUCGAUGCCGAGAAAAAGAAGAAACCACGUGACUUGACCAGGAGGGACCUGUCGUUUGACUUGCCAGAAAGAACCAGCAGUCCCACCUCCCCGGCAGCCAAGGUGCCGGCCUCGCCUUCUGGCUCAGAGGAUCUGUCCAGUGUCUCCAGUAGCCCCACCUCGAGUCCCAAAACCAAAAUGGCUGCUGUGUCAUCUGUCCAGAAGUCCAGCCAGAUGGGUGCCACACAGCUUCUGAAGAGACAUGUGCAGAGAACAGACGGGGUCCUGACACACAAGCAGGCACAAGCUCAGUUUGCUGCUUUUCUGAAACAAAACAUGCUGGUGAGGAAAGUUCUUCCUCCUGGCACCUCUUCAUGUCUCUUUGUUCCAGUCUCAGAGCAGCCAGAAGGGACUGAGAAAGAAGAUGUGCGAAUGCAGCUGAAGAGACAUCAAACCCCCAGCCCGACCCAUUGCAGCAAAUCCUCCAAGCGAGCCAAAAUCAAGGUGACCAUUGUCUCCCACGGGGAAGCUGCUGGCACAGGGAAUGGAGUGCCCCACGUUGCACAGCCGGAAAGUGUGGCAGGAAAGCUCCCCACCGUGACCGCAGGCCAGUCUGGGUCAGGCGUGAAGGAGCUCUCGGGAUUACUUACCACCCCCAAGCUGAAUUCUGUGGCGGAAACCCCCUCCCUCAGCUCUACCCCCUCGGCCAUGAUCCCUAGCAGCACAGCUCCCAGCGCCUUCCAUUCCUUGCAGAGCAGGCUGGUGGCCAGCAGCGCCCACUGCAGGCAGGCACAGCCUAGCAACACGCUCCAAGGAGCAGCAUCCGCUAGCAGCCUGCUGCAGGGACUGAGCUUCAGCCUGCAGGACAUCGGCACCAAAUCACCAGCCCUUCCAGUGAGCGUAGCGUCCGUGGGGCCGUCCAUACAGACCUCAGCUGGGAAGACACCGGCACCUAUCCAGAGUCUGAGUGCCAUAACCACGGGCACCGGGACAAUUGUCCGCACCAUUCCAGUCGCCACAUCCUUGUCGUCUCUUGGAGCCUCGGGGAGCGGGAAGCCCACGGCUAUUCACCAGUUGCUGACCAACGGUGGGCUGGCCAAGCUGGCCAGCAGCCUUCCUGGCUUGGCUCAGAUCUCCAAUCAAGCAGCAGGCUUGAAGGCUCCAACUACCAUUACAGUGACCCUGCGGGGGCAGCCUAACCGUGUCACUACCCUGAGCCAAGCAGCCGUGGGGACUAUCCAGCCCCAGCUGGAGGAGCAGCAGCUGCAAACUCAGACACCUCAGGUGGCAGGACCCAGUGAAGUGGGAAUGUUCAGCAUUUAUCAUGUUCUCUAGGGCAGUGCUUCUCAACGACCGGUCUGUAGACUGGUGCACACGGUCCCUGAGAGCUCCCUGACACAGUUUAGGAAGGUGGCAAGCUAGUCCCUGGUAUCAAAAAGGUUGAAAAACACUGCCAUACAGUAACAUUUUUUCAUGACAAAUCUCCCUUGGGAUUUUUCACACUCACUGUGACAGGAGUGAGCCCGGCUGCUGUUGGAAGAAGGUUGUAGACUCCUGACCUGUCAAGUGCCCUCCCUGGGAAAGAGACUCAGGUCACCGUCCUCCCAGCCCCCAGCUGUGUCUUGUCCAGGGGCUGAAUCCAGAACACAAACUGCCCGGUUAGAGGCAGAUUUGUUUAAUGGAGAAGCAGUUAAUGGUGUCAGAUGUUCCAGCCUUGUGAUCUCAGAACUGCAGUGGCAAAGUUCAGCCGAAGGCUGAGUUCAGAAAGGAAAUGAGCAGCAAGAACGUGUUCACUCCCUUGAGUGAAAAAGGAAGAAGGUGAAAUCUCCAGGGAGACGUACCCUAGGGUGGCUCUGCCUGACGUCAGUUUGCAGUUGUGAGACGUAGAUUCGCAGAUGUCAAAGCCAGAAAGGACCAUUUUGCACAUUCCAGCCUGAGCUGCCUAACCCAGGCCAGAGACCCUCACCCAUUGUGCACCAUCACUAGAGUUGGAACCAUCACAGACCGUAAGGUCUGAAGGGAGUAUUCAGAUAAUCUGGUCUGACCUCCUGCACAUCACAGGGCACAGAACCUGGCCCACCUACUCCUGUAAUAAACCCUUAACCUCUGGCUGAAUCACUGACGGCCUCAAAUCAUGGUUUAAAGACGUCAAAUUACAGAGAAUCACCAUUGACACUAGUGUAAACCUGCAAGUGACCUGUGCCCCAGGCUGCACCGGAACCCUAAGGCCUUCAGCCCCACAGCACAAGUUGCUCCUACUUGAGCCCCAGGGCUGACUCUGUGACAGCCAGGCCUGGCCUUUAGGCCCUGCUCUGCAAACUGCUGAAGUGCAGGAGCCAAGUGAGAACAUGAAUGGAUUGUGUGAAACCCUCAUAACUAGCUCAGCUGUCACCGUCAGAUGCUGCGUCGCAGGCUGCUGGUGUUGAAGGCCUGUCAGGGCUACAGCAACCUGGGUCUGCCUCUCCAUUUUGUGUUUUGACAUAGGGAAAUUGCAGGGUGAGGAAUGUGUGACUGGGCAAGGAGGGGGCCUACACCGUGGUCCUUGUGAGACUGAGAGACUUUAUGGCCUGCCGGGCUGAGGUUUGGGUUUUACUCAGAUUCUUGGAAACCAGUUAUCUACUGGGCUCCGGCCAUAUGAAAUGGCAAGACAGUCCAAGUUCCCGUGUGUGUGUGUGAACAUGUUGCUUCUGGAGGUCAAAAAGGGACACCAAGAGCCCUCAAGCCAGUUGGGAACCACCUCAAGAACUUGGAAAAAAGCAGCACACUGGAGAGAGAUCUUGG